UCCUUAGGACUCGCAGGUGCUUACAAGGGGAAAACAUCAGCAAGCUGGCUUAGAUUUUGAUCCCGCACUUCUGUCCUUAAGGUGAUCUCCAAAGCGGAAACUAUUCAAGUCUUGCUGCUGAGAAGUAAACAAGACCCGCCCCUAGGGGAAGCUUUUUUGUCUCAGGCGCUGCGCGCCAUUUCCCGUACACUGGGCACAGCUGAUCGCCUCUCCGCCUCCCAGUUUUCUUCGAUUUUCCUCCAGACUGCCAGGGGAGGGAGGAUGAUGGUCCUUUCUCUGAGAAGGGCAGAGUCUGAGGGGCCCCAGGAUUAUUCAGUCGCCCUCCGCCGCGGAGGAGCCCUCCUGGCGGCCCUACUGCUGCUCACGCCGCCCGCCGCUUGGGGUCAUUGUGCAGCCCCGGCACAAUUUUCAUUUGCCAGGCCUACAAAUCCAACUGAUGAGUCUGAGUUUUCUAUUGGGACAUCUUUGAAGUAUGAAUGUCGCCCUGGAUAUAUGAGGAGGCAGUUCUCUAUCACUUGCCAAGACAACUCAACCUGGACAAGUGCUGAAGGCAUGUGCAUACGUAAAUCAUGUACAACUCCUUCAGACCCUAUGAAUGGCAUGGUGCACAUAGGCUCAGACAUUGGAUUUGGAUCUCAAAUUAAUUAUACUUGUAAUAGAGGAUACCGACGCAUUGGUAUCUCUUCUGCUGUGUGCAUUAUCUCAGGCAAUACUGUCACUUGGGACAAUGAAGCACCUAUUUGUGAGAGGAUUCCUUGUGAGCCACCCCCAGCCAUUGCCAAUGGAGAUUUCUUCAGCCACAACAGAGAAGAUUUUUACUAUGGAAUGGUGGUGACCUAUCACUGUGACCUUGGAGUGAGAGGGAAGAAACUCUUUGACCUGGUGGGGGAGCCCUCCAUAUACUGCACCAGCAAUGAUGGCCAAGUUGGUGUCUGGAGUGGUCCUCCCCCUCAGUGCAUUAUCUCUAACAAAUGCACACCUCCCCAUGUUGAAAAUGCAGUCAGGGUGUCUGAAAACAAAAGCUUGUUUUCCUUAAGAGAUAUUGUGGAAUUUAGGUGUGAACCUGGCUUCAUCAUGAAAGGACCUAGAAGUGUGCAAUGCCAGGCUAUAAACAGAUGGGAGCCAGAGUUACCAAGCUGCUCCAAAGGAUGUUAUCCACCACCAGAAAUUUCACAGGGGAAUUAUGCUCCAAACAAUAAGGAUUAUUUUUUCCCUGGGGAGGAAGUACUGUACCAUUGUGAGCCUGGCUAUGACCUCCAUGGGGCUGCUUCUCUGCACUGCACACUCAAUGGAGAUUGGAGUCCUACACCCCCUACAUGUGCAGUAAAAUCCUGUGAUGACUUCCUGAUGCAACUUCCUAAUGGACGUGUGCUACAUCCACAGAAUUUCCAACUUGGGUCAAAAGUGUCCUUUGUUUGUGAUGAAGGGUUCAAAUUAAAAGGCAGCUCUGCUAGUCAUUGUGUCUUGGAUGGGAUGAAGAGCCGUUGGAACAGCAGUGUUCCUAUGUGUGAGCAAGUGAAAUGUAGACUUCCCCAGUUGAAUGAAAUCCUAGAGGUGACGGCAAUGAGAAAAGAGUAUUAUUAUGGAGAGAAUGUGACUCUGGAGUGCAAAGAUGGUUAUAUUCUAAAAGGCAGUCCCCAGAGCUGGUGCCAGGCAGAAGACAUCUGGGACCCUCCUCUGGCUAUAUGCCUAUCACGCUCGCAUGGUGGUCUUAUAGCUGGAAUUUGUUUUGGGACAAUCCUCUUGAUUCUGCCAAUCAUUGUUUCCUGUUGGAUAAUUUUAAAGAAAAACAGAGACAAUACUGAUGAAAAGUCUAAAGAGGUAAAUAUCCAUUUACAUCCUCAGGAAGACAACUGUGUUCACCCUCAAGCUCUGCUCACACCAGAGGAAAACAGCAGUGCUCUUCAUUCCCUAAAUACUGUAAAGCUGGAGAAUGCUUGAGAUUCCUGAAGCUUUUGGAGUGACUUCACAGAGAUGAAGUAAAGUUUUUGUGGGGAUCCAGUGAAGCUCCCUUCUUAGACUGCUUGGUGGUCACUCUGUCACCUCCUUUCCUUGUACCAUCAAGAGACAAGACUGUUCUUGACCAGAGAAGAUGGCUUCAGUGACAUGAAGGAAGAAGGUGUUGCAUAGGAGUUCUGUUUUUCAAGUCCCUCAUUUUCUUUCCUAUUUUAAAAUUUUCAUAAUGUGGAAUGGGAUCAUUAAAAAGAAUCUGGAAAAUGAA